CGUCGUUCUUUACGGUGACAGUGAAGUUGUUGUUUGUGGAACUUGAACCCAAACAUUGACCUUUCUGCAGAAAACUAUCAGUAAUGUCUUCUGGCGGAGCUAUUCAGAUACCCAGCCGUCUCCCGCUGCUCCUGACCCAUGAAGGGGUGCUCCUGCCGGGCUCCACGGUCCGGUUCAGCGUGGACUCUCCUCGGAACAUGCACCUGGUGAAGAACCGCCUGCUGAGGGGCACUUCUCUGAAGAGCACCAUCAUAGGACUGAUUCCAAACACCAGAGACCCGGAGCACGAAGCAGAUGACCUCCCCACCCUGCACAAGGUUGGUACAGCGGGCAUCGCAGUGCAGGUGGUGGGCAGUAACUGGCCAAAGCCACACUACACCCUCCUCAUCACUGGACUGUGUCGCUUCAGUGUGACGAGUCUGUUGAAGGAACGACCCUUCGUACUCGCAGAGGUGGAGCAGUUGGAUAAACUGGAGCAGUACACAUCACCAGCAUCAGACAGUGUCACCACAGAAGAUGGAGAACUAGGGGAACUUUCUCAGAAGUUUUAUCAGGCUGCGCUACAGUUGUUGGGUAUGUUGGACAUGUCUGUUCCAGUUGUGGCCAAGUUCCGCCGUCUUCUGGACAGCCUGCCCAGGGAAACGCUUCCAGAUGUGGUGGCGUCCAUGAUCCGCACCUCCAACAAGGAGAAACUGCAGGUCUUAGAUGCUGUGAGCCUGGAAGAGCGUUUUAAGAAGGCUCUGCCCAUGUUGACUAGACAGAUCGAGGGACUGAAACUACUGCAGAAAACCAGGAAAGCCAGUCCUGACAACGAAAAGAGGGUUUUAUCUGUGCGUAAAGGCGGAGUCUUCCCGGGACGACAGUUCAACCUGGACGAGGACGAUGAAGAUGAGGACGGUGACGACAUGCUGUCGUUGGAGAAGAGGGUCCAUGCGGCGAACAUGCCUGAAGCUGCGCUCAGAGUCUGUCUGAAAGAGCUCAAGAGAUUGAAGAAGAUGCCUCAGUCCAUGCCUGAAUACGCCCUGACCAGGAACUACCUGGAUCUGAUGGUGGAGUUACCGUGGAGCAAAAGCAGCAAAGACCGCCUGGACAUCCAAGCUGCUCGUACUCUUCUGAACAACGACCACUACGCCAUGGACAAGCUGAAGAGGCGUGUGCUCGAAUACUUGGCCGUUCGACAGCUCAAGGCGUCGCUCAAGGGGCCGAUCCUCUGCUUCGUGGGGCCCCCAGGGGUCGGAAAGACCAGUGUGGGACGCUCCAUCGCCAGGACUUUAGGUCGAGAGUUUCACCGUAUCGCUCUGGGAGGAGUCUGCGACCAGUCGGACAUAAGAGGACACAGGCGUACGUAUGUAGGCAGCAUGCCGGGCCGCAUCAUCAACGGGCUGAAGACGGUGGGGGUCAAUAACCCCGUGUUCCUCCUGGAUGAGGUGGACAAGCUCGGGAAGAGUCUGCAAGGAGACCCGGCGGCUGCUCUGCUGGAGGUCCUGGACCCGGAGCAGAACCACAGCUUCACUGACCAUUACCUCAACGUGGCCUUCGACCUCUCACAGGUGCUCUUUAUCGCCACGGCAAACACCACGGCGACCAUCCCACCCGCCCUCCUGGACCGGAUGGAGGUUCUGCAGGUACCAGGCUACACCCAGGAGGAGAAGGUGGAGAUCGCUCACCGACACCUGAUCCCAAACCAGCUGGAGCAGCACGGGUUAACCCCUCAACAGCUGCACAUCCCCCAGGACACCACGCUGGACAUCAUCACCAGAUACACCCGGGAGGCAGGCGUUCGCUCCCUGGAGAGGAAGAUCGGAACCAUCUGCAGAGCGGUGGCUGUGAGGGUCGCUGAAGGCCACGCCCUCUCCAGUCCAGACUCCGCCCCCCAGAGCCCGAUGCACCAGGACGGUAAAGCAGCUCCUCCAGAGAUGCCCAUCGUGAUCGACCACGUCGCCCUGAAAGACAUCCUGGGACCUCCCCCAUAUGAGAUGGAGGUGUCGGAGCGCCUCACGCUGCCCGGCGUGGCUCUGGGUCUGGCGUGGACGCCCCUCGGAGGGGAGAUCAUGUUCGUGGAGGCCAGUCGGACAGAGGGCGAAGGUCAGCUGACUCUGACCGGUCAGCUGGGAGACGUCAUGAAGGAGUCUGCUCAUCUGGCCAUCAGCUGGCUCCGAGCUAACGCUAAGAGAUACGAGCUAACCAACAUGGGCGGGGCUCCAGAUCCAUUAGAAGGGACGGACAUCCACCUCCACUUCCCCGCCGGAGCCGUCACUAAGGACGGCCCCUCUGCAGGCGUUACCAUAGUAACCUGCCUGGCCUCCCUGUUCAGCGGCCGACUGGUCAGAUCCGACGUCGCCAUGACGGGAGAGAUCACGCUCCGAGGCCUGGUUCUGCCGGUGGGCGGGAUCAAAGACAAGGUCCUGGCCGCCCACAGGGCGGGUGUCAAAUGUGUGAUUCUACCGAAACGCAACGAGAAAGACCUGGAGGACCUGCCGGCCAACGUGCGAGCGGAACUGGACUUCGUGAGCGCCGUGAACCUGGAGGAGGUGCUGAACGCCGCCUUCGACGGAGGGUUUCCGGGGAAAUGCGGCGGCCGCCCACUUCCGCAGCUGAUGAGCAAACUGUGAACGCAGCAGUGGAAAGACGACGACGAUGACGCCACUGAACUUUAACCCUGAUGUAACGAUCAUUAGCGAAGGAAGUGGAGGAGGCGUGUCCAGCUGAGUGUGGGCGUGGCUUCUGUUUCCGUUUAAACGACGGUAACAGAGUCUGAGCUGAUCAAUAACACGCCAGUGAAAAGCAACUGAUUUAAUUUGACUGAUUAAAUUUGAUCAGGUUUGUUGAUUGUUACAGGAAGUGCGACACUAACGCUGUGAUGCUAACGCUGUGAUGCUAAGACUGUUGAGCUGUGGGUCCAGUAGCAGAAGCAGAUCCAGUUCAGUCAUGGCAGGGGUGUCAAACAUACGGCCCGUGGCCCUAAACCGGCCCGCCAAAGGUUCCAAUCCGGCCCGCGAGAUGAAUUUGCGAAGUCCAA